CGUUUUAACCGUGUUAUGAUGACGUUUUCGUAUUUUGUUGAUGAUCGAGAAGUCGAGCUCUAUUUGGAAGUGGGUUGAUGCUGGAUGUCCUUCUUGAACCGGAUAUUAAGUUCAGAAGAGGAACACUUUAUUGAGUUGGUUCAUAAGGAUAUUGAACACUUUCUUAAAUGUUAUACCAUAAAGAGUGUGCUGCUGUUUCCACCACUUAGCAGUUUCCAUCGACUGCUGAUCCACAAGGUCGCUGAGGAUUACCAACAACUGCACACAUUCUCUGUAGGUCAGGGACAGUCCAGGCGAACCACUGUCUGUCUCCAGGAAGAUCUCAACAGUUGCUCUGAGGAAGGAGAGAGAUUAAUGUCAUUGAACCGGCCCCCUUCAGCCAGAGGAAGGGGGCGGGGGCGAUGGUCAAGCCCCGGGUCCCUGUUAGACAACAAACAGCAAAAUAGACCAAGUUUGGGGACAGAGGAUAGAUAUAAUGAUGGCCUGAGGACAGAGGGUAGACACAGAGAUAACCCAAGGACAGAGGACAGACUCAGAGAUGGCCCAAGGACGGAGGACAGACUCAGAGAUGGCCCAAGGACAGAGGACAGACUCAGAGAUGGCCCAAGGACAGAGGACAGACUCAGAGAUGGCCCAAGGACAGAGGACAGACUUAGAGAUGGCCCAAUGACAGAGGACAGACUCAGAGAUGGCCCAAGGAUGGAUGACAGACACAGAGAUGGCCCAAGGAUGGAUGACAGAUACAGAGAUGGCCCAAGGACAGAGGACAGACUCAGAGAUGGCCCAAGGACAGAGAACAGACUUAGAGAUGGCCCAAGGAUGGAUGACAGAUACAGAGAUGGCCCAAGGAUGGAUGACAGACACAGAGAUGGCCUGAAGGCAGAUGGCAGACAGGAGCAGAGAUCACCUAGAGGUGUUGAUACAUCUCCACUCUCCCAAGGUGUCCCACCGUCACGGAGAGGACGAGGACAAAACACCAGAACAAGAAACAAAAGACCAGAUGUUCAGAUCUACGUACCUCGGGGGCGGAGACAGCAGCAAGUGCCUGUAAAUCAACAACAUGUGGUUGAUGAUGCAGUUUUGCAUCCUUGUGACCGAGAUUCCCAUAGCAGUGUCAUAGACAAAAGGACAGGGAAUAAAGACCACAGGAUAGAGGACGAUAGGACAUCAGAUAUAGAUGGGAGACUGGUGGACAGAGACUCCCAUAGCAGUGUCGUGGACGAAAGGACAGGGAAUAAAGAUCACGGGAUAGGGGACGGUAGGACAUCAGAUAUAGAUGGGAGACUGGUGGCCAGUGACUCCCAUAGCAGUGUCGUGGACGAAAGGACAGGGAAUAAAGAUCACAGGACAGGGGACGGUAGGAUAUCUGAUAUUGAUGGCAAGAAUGGGGAUAAUGACACCUGUAACAGAGAUGAAUUUAGGACAGAAAUUCAAAGUAAUCAAAACACUAGAUGUAGCCAAGGUUUCCAAGCAGUUGGAAGAAAUUCUACAGAACAAACAUAUCCUCAGUAUACAAAUCCACCAUCAAGCAAACAAAUGUCUCAGGGGAGGAAAUCUAGACCUAAGCUCCAGGUGUAUAUACCACCACACCAGAAGAAGGACAAUGGUUGUCAGCCAAAAGAAAUGUCUGGUCAAUUACAUCCAGUCAACUGUGGUGAGACUAAGCAUCAUGUGGCUGGGGAUACAGAGAAUGUGGAUGAGUUGAGAGCAGAGGCAGGUAGUACACACAUGAAAAGUGACCAACAUCAGGAGAAAAAUGUAAAAAGAGUAAAAUUAAACAAUGCUCCCAGUAAACUUACAUGUGAGGAUAAAACUAAGACAGAACAGAACAGUACUAAAGCCUUACCAGAUACUCAUAUAGAACAGUGUAGGUUAUCAAAUGAUCCCAGCUGUUGUGUAUCUAAUGAUCAUGUUCCUGGCUCAAUUGUAACAAAUAUACAUAUUCCUGGGCCUACUGUAUCAGAUAGAUAUGUCCCUCCCCCUAAUGUAUCAGAUAAAUGUGUUCUUUCCCCUAAUGUAUCGGAUAUAAAUAUUUCGGCCCCUAGUGUAUCUGAUAUACAUGUCGCCAACCCUAGUGUAUCUGAUAUACAAGUCACUCAUCCUAAUGUAUCAGAUAUGAAUAUUCCUGCCCCUAAUGUAUCAGAUAUGGAUAUUCCUGCCCCUAAUGUAUCAGAUAUGAAUAUUCCUGCGGCUGCCCCUAAUGUAUCAGAUAUGAAUAUUCCUGCCCCUAAUGUAUCGGAUAUACAUGUCGCCAACCCUAGUAUAUCUGAUAACCAGGUCACCGAUCCUGACAUAUCAGAUAUACAGGUCACUGAUCCUAAUGUAUCAAAUGUAAAAAUUCCUGCCCAUAAUGUAUCAGAUAUAAAUAUUCCUGCCCCUAAUUUAUCGGAUAUAUCUCAUCCUAGAGAUUCCCAGCGUGACAUUUCUUACCGCAAUGACCAUAUUAGUUGUGAUCUUCAUGAAGUUUGCAGCUCAGUCACUAGCUCUGAAACAGCCACAAAUAUCACAAAAGUAGACAAGGAAUCUAGAUCAGUGUCAAAGAGAGAUUUGCUUACAUCGGAAACAAAUUUAAACAAUACAGAGGCUUCCACCGCUGUCGAAGGGGAAUCUGAACACACACCAAUGGCUGUUAUCACUACACAAGAAGUUGGUGAGGUAGAUAUAAACUUUACUGAAAACAUUAAUGAAAAAGUUGAUCAGUGUAAGAAAGAACAUGCAUCAGGAUUGACUAAUGAAGUGACUAUGAUAACUGUGGAUCAAGAACACGAAGAGAUGGAUGAGAACAGUUCUAAAGUUGUUACCAAUACCCACUGCUGCACAACCAACCAGCCAGAGGGUCCAGAACACAUGGAUGUAGAUAAAGACUUUUGCAGUGGGGAGGAAGGAAAAGAGGAAGCUGAACAUUACAGAGGGGAAGAAGGAAAAGAAGAAGAGGAAGAUGAGGAAUCUUGGGACAAAAUGUUUGAUGAUGAAGGUGAAUGCCUGGAUCCUGUCGCCAUGGAAGAGUUAACAUCUGCUAUUGGGAAAGUGAAAAUUAAGAAGCCAAUUAUUGACUACUUGAACUACAAACCACGAGAUCCAGAUCUCAGUCGAGAGGAUUUAGGCCAUGUUGUAGAGAUAUACGAUUUCCCUCCAGAAUUAAAAACUGAGGACUUAAUGUCAGCAUUUCAGCAGUUCAAAAGCAAAGGCUUUGAUAUUAAAUGGGUGGAUGAUACACAUGCUCUAGGAGUGUUCAACAGUGUUCUGGCAGCCCAAAGUGCACUCUCUCUGAAUCAUCCAUUGCUGAAGGUCAGGGCCAUGUCUGAAGCGGCUCGACAGAGUAAGGAGAAAGCUAAGCGAUGUGUUGAGUUCCUGCUGCCUUACAAAGCCCGUCCUGAAACAUCUGCCCUUACAGCCCGACGCCUGGUGACUGGAGCACUGGGUCUGGCCCCUAAGGUGUCCCGAGAACAGAGGGACCUAGAACGACAGAAGCUUCGACAGGCCAAAGAGAAGAAGAAGCUGAUGAAGAAACAGAAAGACGAUAUAUGGGAAGGAACAUACACAUCAGAGAAUGUGGAAACAUCUUAACUGAUUUUUUACCUGACCAGUGCCUACUAAAUGACUCACAGCUUCGCCAAACACUAAAGUGUCCUUUCAUUCUCUUUGAAAACUUGAAUAUGUUUUUUAGACUUUACAAAAUAUAAUCAUACGUUACUACAAAUAUCGAGAGUUACCUUUAAAUUUUGAAGGACCUGAAAAUGAACAAGGGGGAUAAUUCAAAAAGGAUUUUUUUUUUUUUUUUUUGAAUUAUAGAUGAAUUUAUGAAGGGAAUGAAGAAAUUUGUCUGGGGUUGACUUUGGGGUUUGGUAGCAAACAGGACCUUUAUUGUGAUGCUCCUCCUUUUAAUUAAACCGUGAGCCUGUAACAUUUGAUCAUUAACCACUUUUUUGUCAUAAAUCUUAUGGUGACAACGCUGACUUUGCAUCUUACAAGAAGUUCACAAACUGACAUUAGGAGUGUGAAAAAUACAACUUAUUUAGAAUAUAAAAUAUAAGUAAUAGGUGCUUAAAAAAUGGUUUUACAUCCUAGCUUCAUAUUAGUUGUUAGCAAUAGCAGUACCUGCUUUAGGACCAGAAGAUCAUUUACUAAUAUCAUUAGUAUCAUUAAUUGCCUUACAUCCUGAUAACUUUGUAUUGUCUCCAAAUUUCAAUGUAUUUCAGUGUGAUAAUAUUGAGGAUGACCAGGGGUAUGUAGAUCACAUGCUAAGUCUUUGGAAAAGUUUCUUUAGUUGUAUUUCUGUGAUUCACAAGGCUCUCCUCAAAAGUCCCAAAUGAUCAACUUCAGUGACGGAUCCUGGUUCUCUACAGAAACAUUAGUUAGCGAAAUUUGCUACAUAUAUUAUAAAUGUAGUCUCACUUGCUGUGGAAAUCUUUCUGCAGUUUCUAAAGUAUACAAGAUUGAUAAAGCAAGUGACAAACUAAAUGAAACAUUCAGGAUGAGUUUACUUAUCUUCUAUUAAAUGGAAAUACGUGUUGAAAUUUUUUAUCGCAUGAUGAGGAUUUGGUGCUAAUUUUAUUAAACAUCAGACAAGCAAGUAAUCCAAGAUAUUCAUAUUUUGCCUCUAGCUAUUAUUUUGUGAUGUCACAGUGCAAUAGAAAUUCUGCAAUGUAGUUGUAAUAUCAUGGUUUUCAUAUUUCAUACUGUAUAUUUCUUGUUUGAUAUUUUUAUGUCAUGAAUGAAUUUGAGCUGCACAAUAUGACCAAUUUUGUCACUCAGCGAUGCAUGGAUUCUAGUCCUUAUAAGGGCAGAAAUACCAGGUGACUAUAGGUAUAAAAUCAAUUGUUUAUUGUGUAUAGUACAUGUAGUUGGCACCAAUUACAGGUAAUGAAAUUUUGCUAUUUAUAAUAUGUAUUAAUAAACAUGAAGUGCUAUCAAUA